GGUAGCCACGCCAAAAUUACCUCCCGUAGCGCGAAAAUCAGCUCCGCCGUCUCUGCCACCGGCCACCGUUCGCCGUCACGCUGCCCUGGUGGGCGUCCUCCUCAAUCGCACAAUAGCUCUUGAUCUCUUCCUCUUUUCUGAUGUCUCCAGUUCGUAUUCUUGUUAUGUAUAAUGGGGAUUGGAUUUUUAGUGAGAAUGGUUUUGAAUUCAAUGGUGACAAAUUAAAAGGAAUCAUUGUUGAUGAGAAGAUUACUUAUUCUGAUCUUCUGGACAGAGUCUAUGAUAUUGUCAAAGUUGACCCAACUGAAUUUGUGGCCACUUUGAAAUGCUUGUAUAAAGCUCACGUCCCAACUCCACCAACAGAGAUAUUAGACAAUGAAGAUGUUGAUUUUUUCAUAGGUGAGAAUCUUGUAGAUGACCAUAGCAGGAGAACACCGUUGUGCGUCACUAUCAAACGUAGAGAAUCACUAAAUGAAGGGAAGGAGGUGCAUUAUCCAGCUCCAUUCGACUCCGGAAGUGUAAGUAACCAAACUUCUGGUUUUGUGCCUACUGCACAAAAUUCUCAAUUUCCUCCCUUUAUCGCUCUUACUGAAAUUGAAGAACAAAACACAACUGCCAUAAGUUGUGGUCCUCAUGCAGACAUGAAUUGUGAUGAUGGGUUGCAAAAUGUUCAACAUGAUGACUGUAAUGAUGAUAGAGGACAUGAUAACGMUGCUGAAAACGGGCAUAUGCAGAAUGAUAAUUAUGGAUGUAGUGAUGAGAUUCAUCACCAUACCUCCAAUAAUAUGUCUUUCGAUAGUCUUUCUGAUCGAAAUGGCAGAAAAAGCAUACAAGAAUAUGCAACUUCUGAGCCGAUGAACCUGAGCAUUCAACCAUGUUUAUAUUCUGAGCAGCUGAAUAUUAAUGUCCCAAAAACUUUAACUAUUGAGCAGUUGAUGUCCAAUGAUAUUAUAGCAGUAGGCCAGUCUUAUCCAAGCAAGAAGGACGUGCAGAGCAAAUUAAGUCUUAUGGCUAUAAGGGAGAAUUUUGAGUUCAAAGUAAGGCGUUCGACAAAAGAUUUAUUGUUCGUUAUAUGUGUUGACAAAAGUUGCAAGUGGCGAGUUCGGGCAUCGAAGAUGAAUGAUUCCGACUGCUUCUUGAUAAGAAAAUUCCAUAAUUCCCACACUUGUUUGACAGAAAAGUUUCAUCGUAAUCAUCAUCAAGCCAGUAGUUGGGUUGUUGGUCAGUUGAUCAAGUCCAAGUUUGAGGAAGGUGCAUCUGAUUAUAGACCAAAUGACAUCAUUAAGGAUGUGGAGAAACAGCUUGGAGUUACAAUCUCUUAUGAUAAGGCCUGGAGGGCGAGGGAAAUCGCUCUUCGAUGCCUAAAGCGAUCGAGGGAUCGCGAGAAGCGAUCCCGUGGUAGACCGAGGAAGGAAAAAACUGUAACUACUGACAAAGAGCCAUCCCUGCGAUUGUGCGGGACAUGUGGUGCCCGGGGUCACAAUAGAAAAACCUGUAGGAGUCUCAUUGUUCAGCAGUGUCAGUGAAAUGUUAGAGAACUGGGAGUACAAAGAAUAGGUAGAGCUUGACUAUUUUUUCUCUUUUUUUUUGGAUAUUUAAUAUAUGAAAUAUGAUAUUAUUUUGCUGAUGAUCA